ACAGAUCGCUGUUCUAACCCUUCAAAUAAUAUACAGGCGCGAGUCCCCUGUCUCUUCACCAACACGAGGGUUUAGCUUGCCAAGAAGCUUCUAAGCGCCGAACAAGUUAGCUGCUCAAAUUAUCGGGAAUAUGGCAGCCCAAAUCAGUAAGAAGCGCAAGUUUGUUGCAGAUGGUGUUUUCUAUGCGGAGCUAAAUGAGGUACUGACCAGAGAGCUGGCUGAGGAUGGCUACUCUGGGGUUGAAGUUAGGGUUACUCCCAUGCGGACUGAGAUCAUCAUUAGGGCUACUCGUACCCAGAAUGUUCUUGGUGAGAAGGGAAGAAGGAUCAGGGAACUGACAUCUGUUGUUCAGAAACGAUUCAAGUUUCCAGAGAACAGUGUGGAACUCUAUGCUGAGAAAGUUAACAAUAGGGGCCUCUGUGCAAUUGCACAGGCUGAGUCUCUGCGUUACAAGCUCCUUGGAGGCCUUGCUGUUCGGAGGGCUUGCUAAGGUGUCUUGAGAUUUAUAAUGGAGAGUGGGGCAAAGGGUUGCGAGGUUAUUGUGAGUGGAAAGCUCCGAGCUCAGCGUGCCAAGUCUAUGAAAUUCAAGGAUGGGUACAUGAUAUCCUCUGGUCAACCUGUCAAUGAAUAUAUUGACUCUGCUGUGAGGCAUGUUCUUCUAAGACAGGGUGUGCUUGGUAUCAAGGUCAAGAUCAUGCUUGACUGGGACCCUAAAGGCAAGGUGGGUCCAAUGACACCGUUGCCUGAUUUGGUCACUAUCCAUCCUCCCAAAGAAGAAGAGUAUAUUCCAACACCAGUGAUGACAGCCAAUAUUGAGAUUCCAGUUACAUAAAUUCUGAAUUUCGACUGAAAAAGUCUGUACCACAGGCUUUUAUUGGCCUGUUGUUUCUUAUAUAUAUUUUAGGAGAGAGACAAAAAUUCUUGAAUGCAUCAGGAGUUAGUUUUUGCUUUGCUUCUAUUAGCAUCUCAAGUUUGGGCUAAAUUUCGUUCAGCGUCUCUUAACUGUGUUGUUUUUCGUCAUCCUUCACCUUUAUUUUUUUUUUCUUAAAAUUUUCUGAAUUUUAAUUCGAGCAAUAUGAAGUGACUGUAAUAUUCAA